AUGCCUGUUUCCUUUCCUUUGGAACAGGACAAAGAAAUUGGUCUCAUUUGGAAAAUUGGAGGAAGAGGGAGGGACUAUUUCUUGCUCUAUUCUUCUCUCAACUCCUCUUCAUCUUCCAAUUUGCUUCUUCAGUUGAAUUCACCUUCAAUGGCUUCAAUUCUUCUGACCUUUUGCUCUAUGAGCUCUUUACCAUGCCAAAGUGCCCACAAGAUCUCCCAACUCUUCCAUUCUCCUCAACUUCUCAACCUCUUUCACCUUCUCCGUCACCCCCCAUAUAAGAACUUUCUCCCUGGCCAUGGCUUUGUCUUUGUCUUUGUGCCUUCUAUUGGCCUCCAAGGCGCCUCUUCAUCUCAACAUCUCGGCUUCGUGAACCGAACCAACGAUGGCAAUCCCGACAACCACCUGUUUGGUGUCGAAUUCGAUGUGUUCAAAAACGAAGAAUUCGAUGAUAUCAAUGACAACCAUGUUGGUGUUGAUGUCAAUUCCCUCACUUCUGUGGUUUCUCACAGGGCUGGAUAUUGGUUGGACAAGACCAAUAUGUCUUUUAAAGAGGUGAAGCUGAAUAGUGGUGACAAAUAUAGAGUAUGGAUUGAGUAUUUGAACUCUAAUCUCAGCAUAACAUUAGCCAGUGCAAAACUUAAGAAGAAGCCUCGUAAAGCUUUGAUCAAGGUUCCUCUUGAUCUUUCUGGAGUCUUUCUCGAUGAGAUGUAUGUUGGGUUCACUGCAUCAACUGGGCAACUCCUUGAAAGCCACAAGAUUCUAAGUUGGACCUUCAAUAGUUGA